AAAAAAACGUUGUGCUGCGUGCUCUUGCUUCUCCUCUCAUUUAUUCAGUUGCAUCGCACAUGAGCGGCCCAAAUUCUCGAUUUUAAUUAAUAGUUAAUUAGUAACUUACAAUUAUUAACUGAUUAAACUUUGUUUUAGUACUUACUUGAGCUGUCAAGAAGAUGCAGAGUAACACUGGGAGGAUACAUACUCACGUUCAAUGCCCGUAUAAUUUGUGUCACAUUGAGCCAAUUCCUGUAUUCCCUGACCACCUGCUCAGGUGCAGGAGAGAGUAUGAAAGGAAAUGUGACCUGGAGGGGAAAGCAAAAACCUUGCGAGUCUGUAAGUUCAACGAAAACCACAAAGUGAACACUGUUGAAAUUAAAUUUCAUGAAAAGUGGUGUGAAGAUCGUUUCAAUGCGGUGGAACCUGUACGUCAACGUGGAAAUGACCACCGACGGAAAGAACACCACUGGGAUGGCAGAAACAGGCAGGACCGUGCUGAUGAACAAUCCCGAUGGAUACCAUAUCGCCUAAUUCCAAUCAGGCUGGAAAAACACGGUCCCAUCCUGAUUAAAGAUUAUGGCCAUGGUAUCCCCGUCAAGAAUGCCAGCAGCAGGGGUCAAGGCGAGGCUGAAGAUCCACGAUUAAUUUCUAAAGAAGCAAGGGUCAGGGAUCAAAGUGGGAUUAAAAAACUUCCGUAUCGAGAAUAUACUGAGGUCGCUGAAAGUGCUCAAAGUCAAUGCAAGUCUAGAGAAGAUCAGAAUCGAGAUUAUUCUGUGGUUACGGCUCAAAGAGAGGUUGAUAAACUUCACCAUCGAGAUUAUAUUUUUGGGAGGGAUCAAAGUCAGGGUAGAAAAGGUUCGUAUCGGGAAAAUUCUGCGCUUCAGGGUCAAGAGGACAGUAAUUCCGGUUACCGUCAAGAGUAUGGGAUCAAGCGUAGAAGUGGUGGUGCAGGUCAGUAUCCUCGCAGAGAUAUUAAUAACAAAUACGGUGGUCAGGGUAUCGUUAAAAAUUACGGAACUCACCCCCUUGCCUUCAACCAUAACCAAGAGGAAUUCAACGCGGUCUCGCCCAAGAAACCGAAACGUGCUAAGCCCAUGGUGAAUGAGGAUCAGAAAAAGGAAAAUAUUUGGGGCGACGCUGCAGAAGAUUGGGAGGCAGAAGCGAAGGCAAUUGAGGAAAAGGAAGUCGACCAACUGGAGGAGCUAGCUAAAGAACCUGAAUUGAUCCAGUAUGAACCGUGGACACCACCACGCCCCGACUCGGAAGAGAAACAGUUUCAAUACAAAUCACGAUUUUACGAUUCUGGACAAGGGUCAGAGGGUGAUGCAGAUCUAGAUCUUCCAGUGGAGAUGGAGACGAGUUGUUAUUCCAGAAAUUUAGGACAUGAAGAAGAUUGGAACGAUAACUGGGUCGAGUGUGCCCCUCGUUCUUCUCCGACGCAAGUCAAUUAUGAGGUGAUGGUGUUCGAAAAAGUGGCUCCUCCAAGGCCCGAAGUCGAAGAUUUGGAGAAGGAGGAUGGAGAAUGUAGUGAGGCUGAAUUUGACGAAUUCAUUGGGGAAGAUCCCUUCAGUGGUAUUUAGGUAUUUUUUUCAUGAUGACGACUUUAAGUUUUGACUGGACUUUAUUAAUUCAAUUUAAACAAAAUACUUAAUUUUAGUUACAUGUAGCGAUCUUAGCUGUUGAAAAAAUAUUCUUUAUUUCAUGAUGAUGACUUUAGGUUUUGACUGGACUUUAUUAGUUCAAUUUAAAAAAUACUUAUUGUUAGUUUUAGUUGUAUGUAGCGAUCUUAGUUAGCUAUUAAAAAAAUAUUUCUUUAUUUCAUGAUGAUGAGUCAUCAUUGAUGACUUUAGAUUUUAACUGGACUUUAUUAGUUCAAUUAAAAAAAUACUUCUUGUUAGUUUUGGUUAUAUGUGGCGAUCUUAGCUGUUUAAAAAAUAUUUCUUCAAAAUUCAUUCAAUUUAAAAAUUUGAAAAUAAUUGUUUACUCAUUGUUAAUUUAUUCAAAAUUUGAAAAUA